GUGAACGAAACAAUCAACCAGCCAAAUAGUCAGAUAAUUUCAUAUCAAGGGAGGGGCGUGAGAAAAUAAUAGAGAGAAAGCCAAGCCUAAAAAUCGAAACAAAUUUCACCAGGUGCGCUUCAGCAAGUUCCUGAAAUUUCGGUCAACAGCAACGAAGGAGUGAAGAACUGAACCCGAACCCAACCCUGGCAUGAAUCGCUCCCAGAAAUUGCGGUCAAUAUCACCGGUGGAGACAACUUAAAAGACUGCAAGAUUGCCCAGGCAAAUUGUAACCCAUAUAAAGAACUAUUUUCGCAAGAUUGCCAAGCCUGGGAAGAGCCACUUCAACCCAAAUUUGGAGUAUUUCAUUCGAACAUCAAGAGAAGAACGAAAUUUAAGUGAAUAAUUUCUGGACAGCGAAGAUCAGGAGGGCCGUGCAAUAACCCUAGCAAGGCUCGACUAUGCGAGAGCUCCUCACGCCGAUUCCGUCUGUAAUCGAGUUCAAGGUCGGAGCAAGAUUUGCUUGAAGAGAAAAGAAGAGGAGCCAUGAUCAUAUUAAGGACUUUGGCUAGGGUUGGUCUCGAAGUAAUUUGUUUAUCAUUAGGCUAGCAGAGACCAAAGUGGAGCUUCAGCCCAAUAUUAAACUGCAGAGAAGAAGUGCGAUACUUGCUAGUUGUGAGGUUGUACGAGUUUCCGGGCAUGUCAUGGCAUUUCGGUCUCUGCGAUUUCCAGGUAUUUUUGCGCGUUCCCGCAAAGCCGGGUAUCCAUUUCUUUAUAAGCUUGGUUCCUUUCCUUCUUUGCCUUUCUCGUCAGCACACCCUCCUCCUUUGUGUCAUCCAGACCAGGAAUUGUUGCUUAAUGAAACAAAUAAUCAUUCCAUUCUUGAGGAAAGUUUGAUUCUCGAAAAGCUUGCCGAUCUCUUGCCAAUUUCUCGGAACAAUGUGAAUUUGACCCUUUUGGAUCACCUUAAAUCAGAGGAAACUGAGUUGAAUGCUUUUAAGUCAGAAAAAGAAAUAAAAUCCGUUGAUGGUUUUUUGUUGCCCGAAGAGAAAUUGCGAGGGGUUUUUCUUCAGAAGUUAAAGGGUCAAACUGCAAUUGAGCGUGCUUUCUUGAAUACUGGUGUUGAUAUGAACGUUGAAGUUCUCGGCAGGGUGGUGAACUCUGGGAAUCUGGGUGGUGAGGCAAUGGUUACUUUUUUCAAUUGGGCAGUAAAACAGCCUACGGUGCCCAAGGACAUUGAUAGCUACCGGAUUGUUAUUAAAGCAUUGGGUAGAAGGAAAUUUUUAAAAUUUAUGAUGGAAUUGCUGUAUAACAUGAAGAUGGAAGGCAUGAGACCUGAUUUACCAAUGCUAUCCAUUGUAUUUGAUAGCUUUGUCAGGGCUGGUCAUGUUUCUAGAGCAAUUCAAAUAUUUGGAAACGGGGAGGAUGUUGGGAUAGAAUCUGAUAUGGAGGCUUUAAAUGUGCUUUUGCAGUGUCUUUGUAGGCGAUCUCAUGUUGGUGCCGCAAAUUCUAUUUUCAAUUCAAUGAAAGGGAAAAUACCUUUCAAUAUUGCAACAUACAAUGUUAUCAUUGGUGGCUGGUCUAAAUUUGGUGAAGUAAAUCAGAUUGAGAGAGUUUUGAAAGAAAUGGUAGCUGAUGGGUUUACUCCUGAUUGUGCAACUUUCAGUUACCUUCUUGAGGGUUUGGGAAGAGCUGGUCGAAUGGAUGAUUCUGUUAAGAUUUUCCAUGAAAUGGAAAAGAUAAAUUGCCAACCAAACACAAACACUUAUAAUUCAAUGAUCUCCAACUUUCUGUCAAUCCGAGAUUUUGAUGAGUGCAUGAAGUAUUAUAAAAUGCUGCUGAAUGAUAGCUGUAAACCCAAUGCCGAUACAUAUUACAGACUAAUUACUGCUUUUCUUAAAGCACGGAAAGUGGCCGACGCCCUUCUGAUGUUUGAUGAGAUGUUAAGUCAAGGGGUUAUUCCUUCUAGUGGGACUAUAACCUCUUUCAUGAAAUAUUUAUGUAGCUAUGGCCCACCUUACGCAGCUUUGAUGAUUUACAGGAAGGCAAGAAAAGUGGGUUGUGUGAUAUCGAUAAAUGCUUAUAAGCUACUUCUCAUGCGUCUUUCUAAGUUCGGUAAAUGUGGAAUGAUGUUAAAUAUAUGGGACGAAAUGCAAAAAUGCGGGCAUUCUUCAGGUGUGGAGGUUUAUGAGUACCUGGUAAGUGGUCUUUGCAAUAUAGGACAGCUUGAAAAUGCUGUUCUUGUUACGGAAGAGUGUAUAAGCAAAGGAUUCUGUCCAAGCAGGCUUGUAUAUAGCAAAUUAAGUAAUAAACUGCUUGCUUUAAAUAAGGUUGAUACAGCUUACAAGCUUUUUAUAAAGAUCAAGCGUGCUCGCGCCAAAGAAAAUGCAAGAAGAUAUUGGCGUGCAAAUGGUUGGCAUUUCUGAAAUGGUAUGUUAAUUGGCUUCAUGGAUACUGUUGUCUCUAUAAUAAAAUUUCUUCUCUCAUGCCAAAAGAAAAAAGAAUCAUGGUUACUUCAGAAUGUAUAAUUAUUUAAACAACAUACAAAUCUUGUUUCAGGCAUGAUACUUGGAGUUGGAUGAUGUAUUAUCCUUUAUUGCAUGAUAAGUUCUUGCUUAGUUUGCUCUCACUAUGUACUAAUCAUGAGGAAUGCUACUUCUUUUUCAUGCCUUCAUAAACCUGAUCAACUCAUUUGGGCGCCAAAUCAGGCUGGCAAAUGUACGGUAAGGAAAGCUUAUGCUUUAAGUACUAAUCAUGAGGAAUGAGUGGAUCUUCCACAUAUUUGGGAAUCUCUGUGGAAACUGAAAUUGCGAUAUCGCAUGAUAUUAUUUGUUUGGAAGAUGUGAAAUGAUGCUCUUCCGAUUGGUAGUAUUCUCUCUGCACGUCAUGUUCCAGGAAAUUUUGUGUCUUUCACGUGGGAAUGAAGAGAAAUCUAUGCAUCAUGUGUGUCUUCCGACUCUGCACGUGCACUGUGGUUUGCCUCACCUCUAUCAAAUGUGAUGAGAUGAAGUUGAUAGCGGUUAAAGCUUGGUUCAAGAGAUGGUUUGCCAGUUUAAACGCAAAGAAUACAUCUGAUAUGCAAGCAGCCAAAGGGUUGGCUAUCAUCGUUAAUCUCAUAUGGGAACAUAGAAUCGGCGUUGUUCAUCCUAGUAAGGCUUUUAGAUCAUGACAGUGCGCUGCAUCUAUUUAGAUGCGACAAUCUGAUGGAAAGAACAUUACCAUGAUAAACGAAGAAAUUUCAGGAUUCUACUAGGAAACCAUGGUUCGCCAUCAUUUACCUUCCUCAAUUCAAUAUGGCAAGACUGCAAUGGAUAUUGGCUUGGAGGACUCAAGUCUUGCGCAGGAAGACAGGCAAGUUCAUUAAAUUACAUGUGGCAGUUUCUUUUGCAGAAUCUGUUCCGUUCCGAAUGCACAAAGAGCAAGUCUCUUACGCGUCAAAGGACCCUGUUCAACUAUUUUUUCUCCGGAAAAUCUUAUUUGUCAUGAGGGCCUCCGGGUUCUUCGUGUAGAACGCAAAUCAACUCAUUUUGCCUGUCUCGUCUAAGCAUGACAUCAAGUUCUUCGGAUCCCUUCAUCGAGGCUUAUACGCAUGAUGAUGUUAAACACCUAUUAGACUUUUCUACUGGCAAUAUGUUAUGUAAGAAUAGCUGUCUUUGAAAUAGGCUAGUAUCUUCUAGUACGCCAUGUUUUACAUUUCAGUUGUAGUUGGAAAUUGUUGAUCUGUUAAUUGAAAAAAAAGUGUCAGUUUCUUCUUUUAA